AGUUGGUAGUUCCUCUCUCUCUCUUUCUUUCUCUCUCUCUCUCUCUCUCUCCUCCAAGAAACACUAAAGAGAGCACAACAAUGGCGAGACCCAUUUGCUUUUGGCUACGGUACUUUUCGUUCUUGAUGUUCAUAGGCCCCAUCGUUUCUUAUGCUUUGCCACGGCCACCACGACCACCACAGUCUCACCAAGACCCAAGUUACCUCAAGUUUGUGUCCAAUGCUACCGAGUUCCCAUCCGAACACUACUAUGAUUACAUCAUUGUUGGAGGCGGCACAGCUGGCUGCCCACUGGCUGCAACACUAUCUCAUUCUUAUAAAGUACUAGUGCUAGAACGAGGCGGAGUUCCUCACGGCAAAACCAAUUUAAUGUCCCAAGAAGGUUUCUUGGCCACACUCAUCGAAGCUGACACAUAUGACUCCCCUGCCCAACCCUUCACAUCAGAAGAUGGCGUUCUAAAUGCCCGUGGACGGGUUCUUGGUGGCAGCAGUGCAAUAAAUGCUGGGUUUUACAGCCGAGCCGAUGAUGAUUUUUAUGAGAAAUCAGGUGUGAAUUGGGACCUUAGAGUUGUGAACCAAUCCUAUGAGUGGGUUGAGAGGGCUAUUGUGUUUAGACCAGAGCUCAAGACUUGGCAAUCAGCAGUUCGAGAUGGGUUAUUGGAAGCUGGUGUUGAUCCUUAUAUUGGGUUUAGUUUUGAUCACUCGGUGGGAACCAAGAUUGGAGGUUCUACUUUUGAUAGUACAGGGAAGAGAUACAGUGCUGCUGAUCUUUUGAACUAUGCAAGACCUUUCAAUAUUAAGGUUGCUGUGUAUGCAAAUGUGGAAAGGAUACUACUGGCUUCAUCUUCAUCUUACAUGGGGUCAAGGCUAUCAGCAAUUGGAGUUGUUUAUCGUGAUCAUACAGGGAGGUAUCACCAUGCAAUAGUACGUGAACAUGGUGAGGUGAUUCUCUCUGCUGGUGCCAUUGGAAGUCCACAGCUACUGCUGUUGAGUGGCAUUGGUCCGCGGCCUUAUCUAUCUUCUUGGGGAAUUCCGAUUGCUCACCAUCUUCCCUUUGUUGGGCAGUUCCUUUUUGAUAAUCCGCGGAGUGGUGUCUCAAUUGUGGCUCCAAUUCCAUUGGAGCACUCACUGAUUCAGGUGGUUGGCAUUACAGAAUCAGGAGCUUAUAUUGAAGCAGCUUCCAAUGUUAUCCCUUUCGUAUCCCCUGCUCACUCUAUAUUCAUUCGGACACCAUCACCUCUGUAUCUCACUGUGGCUACUCUCAUGGAAAAGAUUAUUGGACCACUUUCAAGUGGAUCACUGAGACUAGCUUCAACAGAUGUCCGGGUGAAUCCAAUCGUUCGAUUCAAUUACUUUAGCAAUCCAGUGGACCUUAAACGCUGUGUGAAUGGCACACGCAAGAUUGGAGAUAUUCUGAGGAGCCGAUCCAUGGAGGAUUUCAAGGUUAGGAACUGGUUUGGUGGUAAUGAUUUCAGAUAUGUGGGACCUGCAUUGCCUGUUGAUCAAGCUGACAAUCAUCUCAUGGAAGAUUUCUGCCGCCGCACAGUUAGUACCAUAUGGCACUACCAUGGGGGCUGUGUUGUGGGAAAGGUGGUUGAUGGUGAUUUCCGGGUCCUUGGCAUUGAUGCUCUCAGAAUUGUUGAUGGUUCAACAUUUGGUGUAUCUCCAGGGACAAAUCCUCAGGCUACUUUAUUAAUGCUUGGACGAUAUGUCGGGUUGAAGAUAAUCAGAGAGCGGACAAGAUAUAGAUGAUAAUCUGCCCUUAUGAACUUCAAGGACCUUCGGCUGACUAUGCUAGGAAGGUCUUUUUUGUGUGAUCAAGAAUGACGUAAGAUACAGAGCAAUGGUUUGCAGGAAAGUGAAGUGCUCUCUCUUCAAUGGAAUUCUGUGUAAUAGAUGGAAUAUCCCCUUUCCUCUCUUUGAUCUGAGUAAAUCUCCUUUUUCUUAGGGGUCCUUUUGGUUGUUUAGCUGGUAGCAAGUUGAUUAGUGGGAGUCGAUUGUAUAG